AUGCCACGUCCGUCGCGUGAGUCUUAUGGCGAUCAAAAGCCUCCAUAUUCGUAUAUAUCAUUGACGGCAAUGGCGAUAUGGAGUUCACCAGAAAAGAUGUUGCCAUUAAGUGAUAUCUACAGGUUUAUAACUGAUCGUUUUCCAUACUAUAGGCGCAAUACUCAGCGGUGGCAAAAUUCUCUACGGCAUAAUUUAUCGUUUAAUGACUGCUUUAUAAAGGUUCCACGAAGACCCGACAGGCCUGGGAAGGGUGCAUACUGGGCUCUACAUCCGCAAGCUUUUGAUAUGUUUGAGAAUGGAAGCUUGUUGCGACGUCGGAAACGAUUCAAAUUAUUGAAAAAUGAUAAAGAUCUACUAAACGAUGAGCUAGCGGCGUUGGCCAAUAUCAACAGGUUAUUUUUCGCCCCGAACGAUGCAGCCCCAUCUGUGGACAUAGCACCACAGUUGUCACCUCGCUUGAUGCCAUCGCCACCACCUGCAGGUGCUACUGAGCCUAUUUCUGCUGAUAAUUCGCGACGACCCAAACGAGCUUUUACAAUAGAGAGUCUAAUCGGACCCGAUCCGCCACCGGCGCCUCCCUUGUGCUAUCCUCUAGCUGCGCCGCCGGUGCACCCGCUUCUUCUUCAUCCUGCCGCUUAUCCUUACUUCGCGCAAGUAUAUCCUACACUACCGCCACCGCCAGACUUCCUGCAUCGGUACGCAGGUCCAGCGUUGCGUACCACUUGA